AUGUUUGAGAUGAGAGAUGAAUUGAGUGAUCGCGUCAGUGCUGUAAGAAGUUCAGUUAAGAAGUCGCCUUUAAAUCCAGAAGCAGCAGAGUGGCCGGCGGGUAUGUCAGGCGAUUUGAAGAGCACAGUAUCUGAUGCACGAACUCGAGGAGCCAGUGUUGAAGUAAAGAAGAAGAUGACUGGUGAGCAAGUUAGAUAUGCUAAUGUUGAAGGAAACAGUGAGGAGCCCCCAGUGCAGGGCAAAGAACAUCCAGUCGGGCCAAAUCCCACAGUCUGUGAUGAGCCACGCCUCCUUCAGAUGAUUAACAUUCUGCAGUUGCCGAAGGCUGAGCUUAUGACUUUCAAUGGGGAUCCAUUAGAGUUCUGGAUGUUCAUGCGUAGUUUCGAUAAUAGCAUUGGAAGUGCAGCUAUAGACGAUAGCGCAAAGUUGUACAGGCUCUUUCAGUAUUGUAAGGGAGAAGCACUAAAAGUCAUCAAGUGCUGCGCCGUCAUGAGUUUUUCAGCAGGAUAUGCGAAAGCAAGAAAGCUGCUGAAAGAGAGGUUUGGAGAUGACUACAAGAUCUCCGAAAUGUGGGUUAAGAAAGUCACCGAGGGACCUACUGUAAGACAUGGUAAGGGGCGCUACCUUCAGGAUCUGGCAGAUAAUCUCAGAAGUUGUGAGGAAACUUUAGAAGCCAUGAGCAAACUUAAAGAAAUUGACACUUGCAGGAGUAUGGUCAAGACUGUUGAAAGAUUGCCACAAUCGCUUCGGAGUCGAUGGAGGAAACUAGUUGUUAAGGCGUUGGAAGCAACAGGCAGAUAUCCCUCAAUUGCCAAGUUGACGCAUUUUGUCUCAGAAGCUGCUCGAGAAGGUACUGAUCCUGUGUUCGGAGUCUCUCAAAGCAAGUCUAAGGACUUCAGUGGAAGAAGCCCAUGA